AUGGCCUGCGGUUCCGGAUGCUGUGGGCCCCCGCCCGCCGCGGGGAGUGAGGGGAAUGCUGAGAAUCUGUCUGACGGCGACAGCUGCCACAUCGCAGAUGUCGACGAGGAUGUCAUCAAGAGUGGCGGCUGUUGCCAGACGAAGGACGUAGAGGAGAACGACUGCUGCAAUAACGGUACUACCCAAAGCGCUUGCUGCGAGGACGAGAAUGCUAUUCAAGACGACUGCUGCGGGACCCAGGAUGCCAAAAAGAGUGACUGCUGCGCGAGCAACAAGAUCUCCAAAGACAGCUGCAGUCAGUCUGAAGAUGCUGCCAAUGUUGACAGUGAAACCGCAAGCAAGGCCGAUCGCUACGAACCACUUCAUAAGCCAAUUGCCUCCGGAUGCCGGGACGCAUGCUGUACGGCAAAGGUUCCCUCUCCAGCUACUCCGUCUGGUCGUCCACCAUCGAGUCCUGUCUCUGGCGAUGAUUGUUGCGAGCCUCCCCCGGCUGGCUCUCCAGGAAAGAAGGGGUGCUGCGCCCCGGACCCGAGAAAAGAAAAGGAUGUCGCCGGUUUGGCCGCCCCCAGCUGUUGCCAGGGAAAGGUUUCUCCCUGCUGUGACACGGCUUGUCUUGACCGACUGGCCCUCCGAGAAUGCCAAAGACAGGGCUCCAUUCAUGAUUCUGGCUUGCCGUCAGUCAACUCUUGCGAUGGGGGCGCAACAGGGAAGCCAUGCAGCGACCAUUCCCGCAAGACACGUUCGACCUAUGCCGAUCAACUGGAGGCCCUGGGAUGUAUCUGCCGUGCGUUGGUAGCACUUGGACUUGAGUCGUGCUGUGCGCCCAGGGAGCCGCGUUCUUCCACGGAGAGGAAGCGUGGCUCGAGAAGUAGUCUGCGCGGGCCAGCCAAGUCAGCCCCCAGCAGUCAAUGUGUUAAGGCGUGCUGCGCAGUGCCUCAAUCGAAGCUAGAAAAGGCCCCUAGUAUUGCAGACUCCUGUGCCGCGUCGUGCUGUGAGGAAUCUCCACCGCAGCAACGGGGAUGGGGGACUAACACUAGAAUCGCACGGCUGACUACGGAUCCCGAAAAGGGCACCUCGGGCGACUUCAAGGAGCAUGUCAUUCUGAGUAUCUCUGGUAUGACAUGCACCGGAUGCGAGACAAAGCUCAUUCGAACUCUUGCUUCUCUCCCCGAUGUCAAAAAUUUGAAGACAAGCUUAGUCCUUGCCCGCGCCGAAUUUGACCUUGCGGGUACGACGGUCUCAGGUGAAGUCAUAAAACAUCUUGAGCGUACCACCGAGUUUAAAUGCCAAAAAGUCAAGAACCAAGGCGCAACCAUCGAUAUUGUCGCCCCCAAGGGCAACCCGUCUGCGUUUAUCAACCGGCCUUGGCCCAGCGGUGUUAUUGACAUGACGGCGGUAGACAAAAAGACCGUCCAAGUUUGUUUCGAUGCCAAGGUGAUUGGCGCGCGGGAUCUUGCACAGAAUGGUUGGCCUGAUGGACCCGUUAGCCUCGCUGACCCUCGAGGUGAUCCCAGUCUUGAAGCCGGCGGGAAACAUGUGCGCCACUUGGCAUACAUGACGAUUCUAUCGGCUGUGCUCACUAUUCCCGUCUUGGUAUUGGCAUGGGCUCCGCUGCCUCAGAAUGAAAUUGCAUACAGCUCAGCCUCGCUCGCCCUAGCCACCAUCGUUCAAUGUAUCAUCGCCGGUCCGUUCUAUCCCAAGGCCUUGAAGAGCCUCAUCUUCUCGCGAGUGAUUGAGAUGGACCUGCUCAUUGUCUUGAGCACGAGUGCUGCUUAUAUCUUUUCUAUCGUGUCGUUUGGCUACAUGGUUGCACAUCACCCUUUACCCACUGGUCAGUUCUUCGAAACCAGCACUUUACUCGUCACCUUGAUCAUGGUCGGUCGGUACCUAGGUGCACUGGGCCGCCAAAAGGCGGUGGAAUCCAUCUCAAUCCGGUCGCUUCAGGUGUCCAGGGCCGUGCUGGUUACAGAGCAAGGUGACAAGGAGAUCGACGCGCGACUCCUCCAGUAUGGAGAUGUCUUUAGAGUUGCGCCCGACAGCAGAGUUCCAACUGACGGUACAGUUCUCUCCGGCGUGUCCGAGGUAGAUGAGUCGAUGAUUACCGGUGAAUCAAGGCCUAUUUUAAAACAGGCAAAGUCUCCCCUGAUCGCGGGUUCCGUCAAUGGCUUUGGAGCGCUCGAGGUCCGACUGACCAGACUACCUGGCGACAACACCAUCAGCACGAUCGCUUCAAUAGUCGAUGAUGCAAAACUCUCGAAGCCAAAGAUCCAGGACAUGGCAGAUAAGGUUGCGUCUUACUUCGUUCCUGUCGUUGUCUUCUUGGCCGCCAUUACCAUGACCAUCUGGGUAGCUGUUGGUAUCAAGGUGCAGCAGCUGCCUGGCAACGAAGCCACGAUCAAGGCUCUCACAUAUGCUAUUACUGUUUUGAUCGUCUCAUGUCCCUGCGCUAUUGGACUCGCGGUGCCUAUGGUCGUGGUGAUUGCUAGCGGAGUUGCCGCCGAACGGGGCGUCAUCUUCAAGACUUCAUCAGCCAUCGAAUCAGCCUACAAGACAUCUCACGUUGUUUUUGACAAAACUGGAACUUUGACAGAGGGUAAACUAACUGUGUCUGAUGAAAAUUAUCUCGUCAGUGAUGACGCCCAGAUAAAGGCACUCCUCCUCGGCCUAGUUACAAAUAUCAAGCAUCCGGUAUCUGUAGCCCUCGCGGCACACCUCAAGUCUAACAAUAUCACAGCCGCGCCGGUGUCUGAAGUGAAGGCAUUCCCUGGAAAAGGAGUACAAGGGAAGACCAUGCAGGGAAUUGUCCUUCGGGCAGGUAACGCCCGAUGGCUCGGGGUCGAUUGUGAUCCUAAAAUACAAUCCAUGCAAGCACAAGGCCACACUACGUUCUGUUUUACCAUUGACGACUCGCUAGCGGCUAUCUUUGGGUUUCAAGAUUCAAUCCGAUCAGAUUCCGCUGCGACCAUCGCCUCGCUGGCCGGGAAAGGCAUCAGUGUUCACAUGCUCUCCGGCGAUGAUAGCGGCGCCGUCAAGUCUGUCGCGAACGAGCUCGGAAUCCCAGAAACAAACGUUCGAUCCCGAUGCUCCCCCGCUGAAAAGCAAGCCUAUAUCCAGUACCUCCUUUCCAAGCCCACAGCAGGAAAGAUUGAUCGCUCCCGCGAGCCAGUGGUCGUGUUCUGCGGUGAUGGUACAAACGAUGCCGUCGCCCUCGCCCAGGCCACCAUCGGUGUUCAUGUCAACGAGCGCGGUACCGAUGUCGCACAGUCCGCUGCCGACGUCGUACUCAUGCGUCCAAACCUUGACGGGAUCCUCACCAUGAUACGUAUCAGCCAGAUAUCUAUUCACAGAAUAGCGUUCAACUUUGCAUGGAGUUUUGUUUACAACCUCUUUGCCGUUCUUCUAGCUGCAGGCGUCUUUGUGAAAGCUAGGAUUCCGCCUGAGUUUGCUGGACUUGGAGAGCUCGUCAGUGUGCUUCCUGUCAUUGUUGCGGCUAUGCUCCUCCGCUGGGCGAAGAUUUGA